AUGGCGCAAAUAACCAUCUCGGCAGUAGCUAUAGCGGCAACAGCACUGAUACUAGUGCCGGUGUUCACUUUCACUAGAGGAUCAGUGGCAGCAGCAGGUGAUCCGAGCCCGGCGCCGAUCGGGAUGCCCAAAUGCGUCAGGUCGUGCGGCGGCGUGGAAGUGCCGUACCCGUUCGGCAUUGGCUCGGAUGCCAGCUGCUACCUGCCGGGUUUCAACCUUACCUGCGACAACACUACGGGCUCAGGACCGCGGCUGCUACUCGACACCGAAGGCACUCUCCAAAUCCUCUGGAACCCCGGCGUUGGCCUCGUUAUGCAGGCCCAACGCAAUGGUGACGUUAAAAUCGAUGGCAACGGCAACGGCAUGUUUAGCCGCGGGCUUAGGCGAGACGGGCCAUACUCGCUGUCAACCGUGAAGACGGUCCACAGCGAGCUCAUCCUGACGGGCUGCAAUAUGCAGGCGACGGUGAAGAGCGGCAACGUCAUAGUGGCCAGCUGCACCUCGGUCUGUGGCGACAAAGCAGACAGGGAUCCGUAUGCAGCAGACGAUGAAAGCAGCGUGGGCCUGCCAUGCUCCGGUGGCACAGGCUGCUGCCGCGCGGGCAUCGUAACCAUGGACGGCUACGACAAGGACGGUGAAGUAUACAACAGCAGCAGCACCGGCACGUCGAAAUACACCGUGCAGCUCAGAUGGUUCGGAUGGAACCGUAGUGCGGACCUAGAGCGAUUCCCUGUACGCGUGUUUGUCGCCGACCAUAGGUGGUUCGAUGAUAGCUCCAUCUAUAACGAUCUGCUACAAACAGGUCAGCCCCCGUCAGAAGAAACAAUGAAAGUUCCCCUUUGGUUGAGUUGGGAGGUUGUUGGCCAUCCCAGCAGUGUCUGCAAGAGCAACCACAGCGAACCAAUAAAGGGUAAAAGAAGAGGAGGUUACACGUGCCUAUGCAGUCAAGGUUAUGACGGCAAUCCCUACCUCACCAACGGGUGCGAAGAUAUAAACGAGUGCGAGUGGUCAAGACCAGAGACUAAGUGCUACGGCGAUUGUAAAAACACGGAUGGAUCCUUCACAUGUCGGUGCCCACCAGGAACCACGGGCAACCACACUGUACCAGGUGGAUGCGUUUGCGUCCAAUCCAUGUUUACAGUUGCAUCACACAAUACUUUUUCAGGUUUGAGCAUCAUUAUCGGAGUUGCUAGUGGGGCCGGCAUCAUACUAUUGGUCGUCACUUCAUACUUUAUUUCCUACAAGUUGAAGCAUCAGAGGGCACAAAUGUUGAAACAGAAGUAUUUCGAGCAAAACCGUGGGAAAUUGUUGCAACAAUUGUUAUAUCAAAGAGCCGAUAUUGCAGAGAAAAUGAUCAUAAGCUUGGACGAGCUAGAAAAGGCAACAAACAAUUUUGAUGAAGCACGUGAACUUGGUGGUGGUGGGCAUGGUACCGUCUAUAAAGGUAUUUUAUCAGACCUCCACGUUGUAGCCAUCAAGAAACCAAAAAUGGUGGUUCAAAGGGAGAUUGAUGAGUUUAUUAACGAGGUUGCUAUCCUAUCACAAAUCAACCAUAGGAAUGUAGUAAAAUUGUAUGGUUGCUGCCUUGAAACAAAAGUCCCGCUGUUGGUCUAUGAGUUCAUAUCCAAUGGAACUCUUUAUGAUCAUCUUCAUGUUGAAGGACCAAGAUCAUUGUCAUGGGAUGAUAGGCUACGGAUAGCAACUGAAACUGCCAAAUCUCUUGCCCAUCUUCACUCAACAGCAAUAGUACCUAUCAUCCAUAGAGAUGUCAAGCCUGCUAACAUACUUUUGGAUGAUACUCUAACAGCAAAGGUAGCAGACUUUGGAGCUUCAAGGUACAUUCCAUUGGAAAAAUCAGGGCUCACAACAAUGGUGCAAGGUACACUAGGAUAUCUUGACCCGGUGUACAUGCACACAUGGCGUCUCACGGAGAAAAGUGAUGUCUAUAGCUUUGGUGUUAUGCUUAUAGAGUUGAUGACAAGAAAGAAGCCAUUUACCUACAUGGCUCCUGAAGGCAAUGGUCUUGUGGCACAUUUUGUUACCUUAUAUACCGAAGGCAAUUUUUCACAAAUUUUAGAUCCACAAGUUAUGAGCGAGGGUGGCAACAAAAUUCAUGAAAUCGCUGGAAUAGCGGUAGAAUGUGUGAAAAUAAGAAGGGAAGAACGACCAACAAUGAGACAAGUAGAGUUGAGACUGGAAGCUGCUCAAUCAACUGAUAGAUCUGAGGCAAAUGGUGAUAUUGCAGCAAAUUCUUUAUCAGCAGGCACAGCAAGAUUGACUAGCAGACAAUAUAGUUUGGAACAAGAGUUCAUAUUGUUUGCGAGAUAUCCACGGUAGUUCUGCUUGCGCAUGGGCUGAACACAUUCAACUUUCAGAUAUUUAUGUGCACUAUGUUACCUCGUGGAAAAGACGCUUCUAAUCCUUUCUCGGCUGGCAGCUUUAUUUUUAGCCUUUUAUUAUUUUUCGCAUUCAGUGUAAACUCACGGCGAGCUUUGCAAAGCUCAUUGU